CUGCCACCACCGUCGCUCAUCGCGCUUAUAGCAUCAAAAGGCGGGAUGCAGGCGCACAGUGCGCUGAUGGCGCUGGCGGCGUUGGGCGCGUUGGCUGCGGUGGCAGCGGAACGAGGAGGCGGCAUUAAGGUGGGCGGCGUGGCGGCGGGCGGAGCGCGCGACGGCGGGCGUGGUGGCGGCGUUCGGCUCGGUGGCGACGGGCUGCGCCGCGCACGAACCUCGCCCGCGCCCGCCGCGCCACGCACGCCGUCCGUCAUCACUGCCGCACUCGUCGUGCCCCAUAAGGCCUUCGGCGCACGCGACUACACUCGGGCCGAGAAAGCGGCCCUCUCCAAACUGCCGCGCAAACUACAAAAACUCUUCUCGCAUGUGCGCCUAAACAUUACGCUUUCUAUGCAAGGCCUUACGCCUAGUCCUAUGUCUAUCUUGGACUCGCUAUGUAAAGAAUUUUUAGCAGUCAACGUGUCUGCUAUCCUUUAUCUUAUGAAUCAUGAACAAUACGGGCGAUCUACUGCCUCUGCACAAUAUUUUCUACAACUUGCCGGAUAUCUUGGCAUACCGGUUAUCGCAUGGAACGCUGAUAACAGUGGUCUUGAAAAACGAGCCGCUCAUGCAUCCUUACGACUUCAGCUGGCCCCGUCCAUAGAACAUCAAACAGCCGCCAUGUUGUCGAUCUUAGAACGAUAUAAAUGGCAUCAAUUUAGUGUAGUCACAUCUGCUAUUGCUGGUCAUGACGAUUUUAUACAAGCCGUGCGGGAAAGAGUCACUGCUCUACAAGACCGUUUUAAAUUUACGAUUUUAAAUGCAAUUGUGGUAAAAAGGGGAUCUGAUUUAAAUGAAUUAGUGACGAGUGAGGCGCGGGUGAUGUUAUUAUAUGCUACAAGGGAAGAAGCUGCCGAUAUUCUAUCAACAGCCAGAGAUCUGCAUCUUACUGGAGAAAACUUUGUUUGGAUUGUGACACAAAGUGUUCUUGGUUCCAUGCAGCAACCUAACAAAUUUCCAGUUGGAAUGCUUGGUGUACACUUUGAUACAUCAAGUGCCUCUGUGAUUACGGAAAUCGCAACUGCAGUGAAAGUGUUCGCCUACGGUGUUGAAUCCUACGUAUCAGAGGCGGAGUAUGCGCGGUAUCCACUCGGUACAAGACUUUCCUGCAGCGGCGUGGGCACUGGGGAAGCGCGCUGGUCUACGGGCGAACGUUUCUAUCGCCAUUUACGAAAUGUCAGUGUCGAAGGCGAAGCUGGAAGACCGAACAUUGAAUUUACUCAGGAGGGUGAACUGAAAGCCGCUGAACUAAAGAUAAUGAAUCUUAGACCAGCUAUGGGAGAACAAUUGGUAUGGGAAGAAAUUGGAACAUGGAACUCCUAUCCCAAAGAAAGGCUAAUAAUCAAGGAUAUAGUAUGGCCCGGUGGGUUACACACGCCUCCUCAGGGCGUACCGGAAAAAUUUCAUAUGCGAAUAACAUUUUUGGAGGAGCCACCAUACAUUAAUUUGGCACCUCCAGACCCCGUUAGCGGACGCUGUUCUUUAGACCGUGGGGUUAUUUGUCGAGUAGCGCCUGAAGUAGACGUUGCCGGGAUAGACGCAGGUACAGCGCACAGAAAUAGCUCAUUGUACCAGUGCUGCAGUGGAUUUUGCAUUGAUUUAUUACAACAACUGGCAGAACAACUAGGUUUUACAUACGAGCUUGUAAGAGUGGAAGAUGGUCGAUGGGGCACGCUUCAACACGGUAAAUGGAAUGGCCUUAUAGCAGAUCUUGUAAAUAAGAAAACCGAUAUGGUUCUGACAUCACUAAUAAUAAAUUCAGACCGAGAAGCUGUGGUUGACUUCAGUGUUCCAUUCAUGGAGACCGGGGUAGCUAUUGUAGUUGCGAAAAGAACGGGUAUUAUAUCACCCACAGCUUUUCUAGAACCCUUUGACACAGCUUCAUGGAUGCUAGUGGGCGCCGUUGCAAUUCAGGCGGCAACAUUUUCAAUAUUCCUUUUUGAGUGGUGGUCCCCGAGUGGAUUUAACUGUUCAACUGGCAACAAUUCUAAGCGAAUGCCACAGAAUCGUUUCUCUCUAUGUCGAACUUAUUGGAUUGUAUGGGCCGUAUUAUUCCAGGCAUCAGUACACGUUGAUUCACCACGAGGAUUCACUGCACGGUUCAUGACAAAUAUGUGGGCGAUGUUUGCGGUGGUAUUUCUCGCCAUUUACACCGCAAAUUUGGCGGCGUUUAUGAUAACACGUGAGGAGUUUCAUGAGCUAAGCGGCCUUGAUGACCCGCGGAUAGCUAGACCAUUGUCCCAUCGUCCGGCGCUCAAGUUUGGUACCGUGCCCUGGUCACACACGGACGCAACUCUUGCAAAAUAUUUUCCAGAGCCUCACGCGUACAUGACGCAAUUCAACCGGAGUACGGUAGGCGCAGGCGUAACAAGUGUCCUCACCGGCGAUCUUGAUGCGUUCAUAUACGACGGUACGGUUCUGGAUUAUUUGGUAUCACAAGACGAAGACUGCCGGCUCCUAACUGUAGGUUCGUGGUAUGCGAUGUCCGGCUAUGGAUUAGCGUUUACCCGUAAUUCUAAAUAUCUUAGUAUGUUCAACAAAAGAUUACUUGAUUUACGUUCGAAUGGAGAUCUUGAAAGAUUACGCAGAUAUUGGAUGACAGGCACUUGCAAGCCUAAUAAGCAGGAGCACAAAUCUUCGGACCCACUGGCCCUGGAGCAGUUCCUUUCGGCGUUUCUGUUGCUGAUGGCUGGGAUACUACUGGCAGCUCUACUGCUGCUUCUCGAGCACGUUUAUUUCCGAUACAUGCGGGAGCACUUGGCUGCCUCUAAAGCAGGCUCGUGCUGUGCUCUUGUCUCGUUAUCAAUGGGACAAUCAUUAUCAUUCCACGGCGCGGUCGUGGAAGCGGCGUCGCGGGGCUUUGGUGCUGGUGGACGAGGUCACUGCCGGUCUGCGGUCUGCGCGGCGCAAGUGUGGCGGGCACGUCAUGAACGUGAUGCGGCGAUGGCGCGUGCGCGUCAACUGGCGGCGGCGCUGGCAGCGCAUGGCCUGCAGCCACCGCCGCGGCGGCUGGCUUCGGCCGCCGCACUCCUUGCGGGCGGGCUGCCGCACGACGCCACCCAUCCGCGAACAUUACGCGCGCCGGCAGACCUACUGCCCGAUCUCGACCGACCGCUCUCUUGCAGCGAUCUGCGCUCCAGAGAGCGGACGCGAGUGGAAAUGGAAACAGUGCUGUGA